UAACUUUUUCAAUGAUGAACCCAACGAUGUACUACCAGACAAAGAUCAUGAGUGACCUGUUCCUGGACAGGGCUGACAACAGUGGAGUUACAUUCAGAACAGCCUCACAAAUGGAUGACUUCUGGAAAUUUGCUGAGGGGCCACUCAUGGACGGCCUGUAUUGGGAACGUUGGUAUAACAACGACACACUGGUCACCAAGAAUUCAGUUUUGUAUGAAAACUAUUUGUUGGGUUCGCCACGAAUGAGACAAUUGAAGGUGAAGAACGACUCGUGUGAAGUACAUAAGGACUUCCAGAGAGCCAUCUUCUCGUGCUAUAACUUCUACGCCCAGCCCUAUGAGGACAGGGAGACCACCAACGCUAAGAAUGACACCAGUUUUCAGUGGAGAGAGAUUAAGUCAUUCGCCAAGAAUGAUGUCUGGGGCAUUUUGGGCACGUAUUCAGGAGAGGGCGGGUAUAUCGUAGACCUGACCCUAAACAAGACCAAAGCUUUGGCCAAAAUCAAGGACCUGAAGAAAAACUUGUGGAUUGAUAGGGGAACGAGAGCUAUAUUUAUUGACUUUACGACCUAUAACCCGAACAUAAACCUAUAUGUGGUGACAAAACUGAUCGCCGAGUUCCCGGCCACUGGAGGUCUGAUCACUUCGUGGCAGUUCCGUACACUUAAUCUGCUGGAGAACUCGUCGGACGCACCCAUAGCUCUAUACAUAUGCUUCACGCUAUUUGUCGUCUUCAUUGCCUACUAUAUAAUCGAGGAAUUGGUCGAAAUCAAGACAUUGGGCUUUUGGCCAUACUUUCAGAGCUCCGGCUGGAACUUCCUCGACAUCUUCACUAUACUUAUAUCAGUAAUGCUGGUAUUCUUCCUCAUAUACCGCAAGUAUGUCAUCAACAAGAUCUUCAGCGAGGCCUACACGACAAACGGCGACUCCAUGGAGAGUAUGGACACCGAGAGCCUCCAGAAUAGCUCGUCGCUGGCACUCCAGAUCGAGACCUACCAGUUCGACACACUUGGUUUCUGGUCGGCGCAGUUCAGUAAUAUACUGGCCGUCCUGUCGUUCGUGGCGUGGAUUAAGCUCUUCAAGUAUAUCAGCUUUAAUAAGACUAUGUCUCAACUCAGCUCUACUCUCAGUCGAUGCGCUAAAGACAUCGCCGGCUUUGGUGUCAUGUUUUUCAUCGUAUUCUUUGCUUUCGCACAAUUGGGUUAUCUUUUGUUUGGUACUCAAGUCAAGGACUACAGCAGUUUUGGUAAAGCCGUAUUCACUCUUUUGAGACUGAUUUUGGGUGACUUUGAUUUCCAAGCCUUGGAGGCGGCCAACCGAGUGUUGGGCCCCAUCUUCUUCCUCAGCUAUAUAUUUUUCGUGUUCUUCGUUCUGAUGAACAUGUUUUUGGCGAUUAUUAACGACACUUACGCGGAGGUGAAGGCAGAGAUCGGUGACGACACCAACGAAUUCGCGGUUAUGGACUACUUUAAGAGCAUUUCCAACCAAUUUUUACUGCAAAUAUUGGGUAAACAA